CAGUGGUUCAAAAUGAAACUGGACAAGCAGCUCAUCCCAAAGUCAUCGAGGCAGUCGGUUGUGGAGAAGAAUCAAACGUCUUCCCUGGUGAUCUCUGAGGUAACACUAGAGGAUUCUGGGUGGUAUUACUGCGAGGUGAAUGUCCUGCAGAAAGACCCAGAGUGGGGCAACGGAACCGAGCUGGUCGUCUUGGCACCACCUUCCACUCCUAAGAUUUACCUUCAGAUUCCCUCGGACCCCCAGACUGGUCAGUGGGCUCUCUUCUGUCUCACCGGGGGAUUCCACCCCAGCGAGCUUACCCUCACCUGGACCUACCAGAGCACAGCGGCAAAUAUCGACCACCUGUCAGUCAGCAAUUGCACCCUCCCUGCAGUUAACCCUCAUGGUUACCUGUCUGAACAGCCGGCUGACAGAGCCCUGCUGUCCUCAGAUUGGUUGGUGGACUCCAAGCUGCCGAACCAUCCAAAGUGCUUCCAGGUGAUGGACAGCCACAGCCAGAAAGCGUAUCUCUUCAGUGUGUUUUUCCUCCCACAGAAGGAGUCAUUGGAAACAGGGAUCACCUUCACCUGUGGGGUGCAGGACCACCCUGCCAUAACCACGGCUCUGACUGCCUCCUUCACCUGGGAUGCCUCCCCUAACGAGCUGAUUGUGUACUUGAACAUUCUCAAGAUGUGUUUCCUCUCUGCAAUGACCGCCAUCUUUUUAUUGGAAGCAGUCAAACAUUACUGUGUGCAGGGAAAAUGAAAUACAAAAUUAAAUGGGAGAGAAAACAAAAAAAGCACCGCCGGGUGCUCAGUGCCGCUGAUCUCUGCAGGCCAACCUUUGACAAACAACAUCGCACGAACCAAGUCGAGAGUCAUCACUGAAAAACGAGAAUUAACUCUGACUGAACAAUUAAUUCUGCACUAUCAGUAAAUGUUUAGUAUAAUCCCCCUCUCUCUGUAUUUGAAAGUUUCUAAACCUCUUGCUGUAUAUUCUGCUUGACUUUCACAUACUGUAUAUCCUCUAAAUAUCGAUGCAGUGCUGAUUUCUUUCUGCACAUCAAAGCUGUUUAUCUCUAUAACUCUUUAUCACUGUGGCGUGCUGACUAGUGUGUUUUUGGAUCUGUUCAUUGUGCCAGUGGCUGGUAGUUCGCACAUCUUAGUCAUUCACUUGGGGUCUGUGUGUCAGAAUGAAUGCUUCAUGCAUGAUCCACCUGUCAAACUGAUACAGUGAUCAGCUCAACCUCCGCACAGGCGUAAUCCUCACAAAACAGGAUUACAGCCGAUGCCAGUGCUUGCUUGUGUGAUAGCAUUGUUUACAUGCUCGGUGUGUGGGGUAAGAUCUUGAUUCACGUGUUGGGGGAAGUUCAUUUUAAAUUUAGGUCUGCCCACACUGCUAAGUGCACCACAUCCUGCCAGAAUGAAUGACCUUUAGAUGAUGUAUCUCAUAAAAAACUUUUUGCCUAAUUUAGUUGCUAAUGCUCACAAUUAAUCCUUCUUUUAAGAACUUUUACUAUUUUUUACAAAUGUUAUUAUGUAUUAAAACAACCCAAUCACCAGAAAAAAAUGUUGCCAUUGUACGUUUCUCCAACUUUGGGUAUAUUACAUGUGAACAUUAUUAUGUAGAUACAUGAGAUACACUGAAAUGUAAAUUCAGUGUAAAAACAUCACUGUGGUUCGUGUGUUGUCAAGUUUGGGCACAAAAGCCAUUUGGUUAUAAUUAGAAAAAAGUCCUGUUUUGGCUUAAAAUACCCAGGUUUAAUGGCACUAUCCUGGCAGA